AUGAGCCUCCCAGCUGAAGCCAGAGCAGCACCACUGCACCCAGUACCUCCUGCACCACUACCUCCCGCAUCCACUACCCCCUGCACCCUCUACCCCCUGCACCCUCUACCCCCUGCACCCUCUACCUCCUGCAUCCACUACCUCCCGCACCCAGUACCUCCCGCACCCAGUACCUCCCACACCCACUACCUCCCGCACCCACUACCUCCCGCACCCACUACCUCCCGCACCCAGUACCUCCCGCACCCAGUACCUCCCUCGCCCAGUACCUCCCGCACCCAGUACCUCCCGCACCCACUACCUCCCGCACCCAGUACCUCCCGCACCCACUACCUCCCGCACCCAAUACCUCCCACACCCACUACCUCCCGCACCCACUACCUCCCGCACCCACUACCUCCCGCACCCAGUACCUCCCGCACCCAGUACCUCCUCGCCCAGUACCUCCCGCACCCAGUACCUCCCGCACCCACUACCUCCCGCACCCAGUACCUCCCUCACCCACUACCUCCCGCACCCACUACCUCCCGCACCCAUUACCUCCUGCACCCACUACCUCCCUCACCCACUACCUCCUGCACCCACUACCUCCUGCACACACUACUUCCUGCCUAUAGUUGCUGA